GUGUCUGCGUAGCCGGGUACGGACAGUCUGGCAGGCAGGAGAUCCUGCAGCUGCUCCCACCACCGACGCUGCAGGCGAAGGAGACCCAGGGCUUGUGUCCAGAGAGAGAUUUCAAGGUGGAAUGUGGUGGAUUUUCAAACCGCCCGGUGUACAGCCUGAAAUAUGUGCCGGACACCAGCUUGCUGGUGACGAGUGGACCACCAGACAGCUCCCUCCAGGUCUGGCAGGUGUCAGCAGAGGACUCUGAUGUUAUUAAAUCUGUAAGUGCCAUACCUACCGAAAAUGGCACUGGGCAACCUUGGGCUAAAAUUGCAACCAUUUCGGCCAGAGCCCCGUGGGUCCUUCAUGGCUCAAGACUCGACAGCGUCCAAAUUACAGAGGUUGAAUCGAGGAAAAAUGUCUACGUGGCAGCCUCCGGAAACAGCGAGGAGCUCAGUGGCUUGGCGUUCCUGGAUUGCAACGCGUUUCUCCUCUGCUGUGCCAAGGGGCAGCUGUGCCUGGCUGACGUUCGGCAGCCGCGGAGUCCCUUGGAGGCUGCGUCCGUCCCCUCGGCGCUGUGUGGCGAGCGGUGGUGCAUGGGAGUCGGGCGCGGACCUCAAGGCUCUGACUCAAGCUCCCGGCCCGUAGCUCGCCUCUCGAGCGGAGGGCACCUCACCCUAACAGACCUAAGAAAAACCUCGGAGUCCUUGGCCUCAGCAAAGUGCAGAGUUCCCUCUCCCAGCUCCGGUGCGGAGUUCCUGUGUGUCUCCUGGGCUCCUGCUCUGGAAGGCUGCCUUGCCAUUUCGGGUUUUGAUGGAACUGUGCACGUCCAUGACGCGCGGAGCUGGGACAGCUCUGGCAGGGAAGCGGAGCCGAUCUUUGUUCACAAAGGCCACGCGUUCGGCGGACCGGGUAGCAGCGGAAGCCCUCCCCUGGUCACGGUACACACGUGGCAUCCACAGAAACCAAGAACUUUAUUGUCAGCAGCAAGCGACGGUUCCUUGCACGUUUGGGACUGGGUUCAGUCUUGUGGGAAGUGUGGGUAG